AUGACGGAGCCGGUGUCUCCAAGGAUAGCUUUGAUGGCUGCUCAACAACGUCAAGUACUAGAAACUACUGGGAGAUUGGUAACGCAAGGUGUCCAGACCGUUUACUCCGAGGAAGAGGUGGUCACGGGUGGUGUCGAUAUAGGAAGCCAGACCGAAAACUUCUUGGUUGAGGACAAGGCCAACCCUGAGGCAUCGGAUAAGGCUGUGGGUGAGGAUGUGGCCUACAGUGAUACGCCGAAGGGUACUGUUUCGGUGCCUGUUAACGAUGGGUGCGAGAAGCCCUGUCCCGAAGAGGAUAUAGAAAUCGACUUUGUUAGAGAGCCAGAACAUUAUUGCGUGGGAUGUGCAGCUGCAUUUGCCCAUCUGGACGUCUCUACCUUCGAUCGCCCUUGCGAUAUUUGCUCUGCCCCGACUGGGUGUGCCGGCCUGAGAGCGGAUGGGCCUCUCAUGACUGAUGAGGAGUUAGAGAGAGCCAACUUGAAGCUCCCGGCCGAAUCACAGGCUAGAGUUCCCAGCACGUCUAAGCCGAAAGGGAAAGAGCUUAUUAAGGGAGAGGAGUGGCCCCCAGCUGCUUGGGAGCAUGUAGAUGGCUUCGAAGGAGAUGAUAUAUGCCAAGACCCCUUACGGUUUGCUGUCCCAGAGUUUCUGGACGAGACGGUUAGGCUACCAGAUAUAUGUGAGAGCCCUACGGAAGCGCAACAACCAGUUGCUGACCUAUGUGAGGAGUUCAAGGACCUCUUCGUUCUACGUCCCGGACGUUGUACUCAAGCUGAGCACUCGGUCGAGACUGGGACGACUCGUCCGAUUUGUGAGAGGAUAAGGCCUAUUCCUCACAAAUAUCGGGAUGAGAUUUCGGCCUUACUGAAGGAGAUGGAGGAGCUUGGUGUUAUUAGAAGGAGCACGUCGGCAUGGAGGUUCCCGUGUGUCUUCGUCCCGAAGAAGAAUGGUAAAGUCCGGAUGUGUAUUGACUACAGGAACCUCAACAAGGCAUGCCAUACUGAGGCGUACCCGGUGCCCCGGCCAGACGACGUACAAGAGCACCUGGCUGGUGCACGAGUGUUAUCGACUCUCGAUUUGAGAAGUGGUUACUGGCAGAUCCCGGUUCGCAAGGAGGACCAACGUAAGACCGCCUUCUGCCCCGGUCCAGGCUUCCCAUUGUAUGAGUGGGUGAUGAUGCCCUUUGGUUUGGCAAGUGCCCCGGCUACCUUCCAGCGAUUGAUGGAUGCUAUUCUGGGACAUCUCCCUUUUGUGAGGGUCUACCUUGAUGACGUCCUGAUCUUUAGUAGAUCCGAUGAAGAGCAUCUGGAGCACUUGAGGAUCGUCUUUGAGCUUCUACGGGCGGCUGGUAUGACGGUGGCUGCUGAGAAGUGCGAGUUUAUGCAGAUCGAGUGA